AUGGGAGGAAAGGAAUUCAAAAAAAUGAAGAAAGAGCUUAAGAAAGAGAAGCUCAAAUAAAAGAGCAAGCAUUAAGAAGAUGCUGUUGAUGAGGAAGUUGAAGAUGAAAUUGAAAACGAAUAAGAUGAAGAUGAAUAAAUAUAGAAUAAAAAAGUAGAAAAGUAGGGUAAAAAGAUAAAGAAAGAUAAAAAGAAUAAAAAGGAUUUGAAAAAGGCUAAGAAGCAAGCUUAGGCUGAAGAUGACGAUGAAGAAGAAUAAGAACAAGAAGAAGAAGAUGAAGAUCAAAUUGAAGAAGAAGUUCAAGAUGAUUAAUAACCAAAUAUUGUAUUUGAUGAUGAAAAAGAUAAUGUAAAAAUUACUUCUUCCAACAUGAAUAAAUAUUUGUCUGAUGAAUCUAAAGCCACUGAAUAAUAAGAUGCUCCUACUUCUAGAGCUGGAUUCUUCUCAAAUGAUUUGUUUGACGAUUUAGAAGUUUGCAAGCCUACUAAGGAUGCUUUAAAGCAAAUGAAAUUCACAAACAUGACUCACAUUUAAUCAAGAACUAUUCCUCAUUUACUUAAGGGCAGAGAUGUUUUAGGAGCUGCUAAGACUGGUAGUGGUAAAACUUUAGCUUUCUUAAUUCCUGCAAUUGAAAUGCUUUACAAAACCAACUUUGUUCAAUCUAUGGGAACUGGUAUUAUAGUUAUUACUCCUACUAGAGAAUUGGCUACUUAAAUUUAUGAUGUCGCUAAAUAACUUAUGUUCUUCCACAGCAAAACCCUCGGUUUGCUUAUUGGUGGUGCAAACAGAAAGGCCGAAGCUAUUAAAUUGAAAACUGGUGUAAAUAUGAUCAUUGCUACUCCUGGUAGAUUACUUGAUCACUUAUAAAAUACUGCAGGAUUUGCUUAUCACAACUUAUUGGGAUUAAUUAUUGAUGAAGCUGAUGCUAUUUUAAGAAUUGGUUUCUAAGAAGAAUUAACAGAAAUUUUGAAGCUUCUUCCUAUUGACAGAUAGACUGUUUUAUUCUCUGCUACCUAAAACAAAAAGAUUGAUGAUUUAGCUAGACUAUCUCUCAAAUAGCCUAUAUAUAUUGGUGUUGAUGAUGUUGCUGAAACUUCCACAGUUGAAGGAUUAGAACAAGGUUACGUUAUCAUAGAUGCAGACAAGAAAUUUAGAUUACUAUUUACUUUCUUAUAAAAGCAAAAGAAGAAGAAAGUUAUGGUUUUCUUCAGUUCUUGCAAUUCAGUUAAGUUCCACUCUGAUCUUUUAAAUUAUGUUGAUAUUCCCGUCUUGGACAUUCAUGGAAAAUAAAAGUAACAAAAGAGAUUAAAUACAUUCUACGAAUUCUCAAAUGCUACUUCUGGUGUAUUAUUGUGCACUGAUGUUGCAGCUAGAGGUUUGGAUAUUCCUAACGUUGAUUGGAUUGUUUAAUACGAUCCUCCUGAUGAUACUAAGGAAUAUAUUCACAGAGUAGGUCGUACUUGUAGAGGUGCUAACACAACUGGUAAGGCUUUGCUUUUCUUGCUUCCUGAAGAAAAGGAUUACUUAAAGUACUUAAAGGCUGCUAAAGUAAAUUUGAAUGAAUACGAAUUCCCUGAAAACAAACUUGCCAAUAUCCAAGAUUAAUUUGAUAAGUUGGUUGAAAGAAAUUAUUUCUUGAAUAGAUGUGCAUUUGAAGCAUUUAGAUCUUACUUACAUUCUUACUCUGCUCACAGUUUAAAGGACAUAUUCGAUGUUGCUAAUCUUGACUUAUAAAAGAUUGGACGCUCCUUUGGUUUUAAGAUCCCUCCUAGAGUUAAUUUAAAUGUUAAAGUAAGCAGCAAGACCUAAAGAAAAAAUAAAGUUAAAUAAAUAAGUGACUCUAAGACAGGCAAGAAAAGUGGUUUUUAAAUGAGAGAUAAAAAGUUAUUACAAAAGAAAUAAGGUGAUGGCAGACAAUUUAGCCGUUGA